CGACGGUUGGAGGCUUCAUCGGUUUACUACAGCAGCGGAUGGACGGAUAACGUGAUAUGUUAAUCCGUGUACAGUAGAGGAAGAGGGGGUCACUCUGAAAACCUCCCCUGGCAGUGCGUCGGCGUCUUGACUGACAUGUAGACGACGGAUGUCUUGUUUAAAACCAAACGCCAAACACGUUUAUAGCAAAUGGCCCGUGAGUAGACGAGCUGCUUCUGUCGGCGUGAUGAGCGGGCACUCGUCCCGCGGCUGCGUGCGGUGUCGCUCGUUAGCUAGUGUUGCACUUGACUUCGCUGUGCGUCGUUGGCCUCGGGAGUCGAGGCGAAACCGCCCCGGCGAGUCCCUGUUCAUUGAUUUGCCGUGGUCAGUGAGUGGUCAGUGAGCGGUCAGUGAGUGGUCAGUGAGCGGACCGGGGGCGGACCGGGCCGUGGGCUCGGCCCCCCGCUCGUGGUUGUCGGUCCAAACGAGCUCGGAACGAUUAAGGAUGUUCGCCUCGAUGACGUCACGGAAGCCUGCGGUGGUCAAGCUCGACCAGGCGAAGCCGGACGUCCGCUAUGCCCGCACAGCCCCCUGUGAGGGAGCCGGAGGAGGAGAUGGAGGCGGAAGGAGAGUCACAGCUCCCUGAGGCCAAUGGAGAAGUGGAGCAGCCGAGGAAUGAGGGAAGAGGGGGUGGUGGUGGUGGAGAGGAGACCAUGGAGGAGAGCAUGGAGGAGAGGGAGAGUGACUUGGACGAGAGUGAAGAGGAAGAAGAAGAGGAGGAAGAAGAGGAGAGUUCAGAGAUGGAUGAUGAAGACUGUGAGCGGCGGAGAGGGGAAUGUCUGGACGAGAUGAUGGAUCUUGAAAAACAAUUUCAGGAGCUGAAAGAGAAGUUGUUUCGGGAGCGGCUGAACCAGAUGAAAGUGAGGCUGGACGAGGUGUUGACCGGGAAGGCAGGAGAAUACAGAGAACCACUGGCCGCGCUGCAGAACAGCAUGCAGAUUCGAACACAAGUGGCUGGAGUGUACAGAGAGUUGUGUCUGCAGGUGAUCAAACACAAGCAUGAGUGUGAAGUGCAAGGAGCAGGGCAGCACCUGGAGAGUGAGCGGACGUUACUGUUUGAUGCCAUGAAGACGGAGCUGCUGGAGAAGAUACGGAGACUGGAGGAGGACAGACAGAAUAUAGAUUUCACCUCGGGUACACACACAAUGCAGGCGAUCACUACAGAGUGGAGUGAUGAGAUGAGGACCAAGAAGUGCAAAAGAAAGACUCUGCUGGCUCGGUCAGAGAGAAAAAAGAAAGUAGCCCUGGUUUCAGGACCUUUCAUCGUCUACAUGCUGAGAGACAUCGAUAUCCUCGAAGACUGGGCGGCUAUAAAGAAGGCAAAAGCAGCACUGACGCCACUAAAAAAGAAAGCUGAAAUUUGUCUUUCAGAGCGGUGAUGACAGGAGGGUCCCGGAGGCAAAGAAACCAAACUUACCUGUAACACUCACAUUACAUUCCCAGCUACUUCCCACUAACCCUUACAAUUUUGUGUCUUUGAUUGAAGCCCCCCAGACUCUUGUGUUGUCGUUGCUGUGCUUUUGACCCCAGCAAACAUGUGGGGCCUAUGCUACGGAGUGAAUUCAACAUACCCAGGAUAUGUUUCUCGUUAUCUGCUUUGACUUAUCCCAACAUUGACCAUCCUGGAUAACCUGUACUACGAAGAUGGAUAUCAACAGUCUCAGGCAACCCUGGGUUUUCCCGUCCGGUUACGAGCGUGCUCAUGUGGAAGAGGCGGAGUCUGAAAUUACAAGCGGCAUCGUCAGAACCACGAAUAAAGUUUUAAAUAUUGUACAAAAAGAAACACUGAUACGUGCAGGUCAAUUUGGUUUAAGCGACAUUUAAAAGUGACAUUCUACAAAGUGAAAUGAAAAUAAUAUGAUCCAACGACUAAAACAGAAAAAGUAUAACUCGAAAUAUUUUUCUGAAUUUAAAGUCAGCUUUCAGAGUUAAACCUGAAGUUACCAAGAUAACCGCAAAUCCUGCUUCGUAGUGCAGGCCCUCUGUGCUACUGCUCGUUUGUUAUCUAAUGCUAUUUAAAAUAAGUUCCCAAUGAUAUGACGACCAUGUAUUUAUAGAAUGAUUUAUAAGGGUGAUUAAAAUUUUAAUGUUUGA